UCUUUUUCCUUAUGCGUGCGUUUGUUGUGGGUGUGAUUUUUGUCUUGCAUGUCAAUGUUUUCCAGAGAAGAGACAUGUGCUAUUAUCUUUUACGACUUUUCCUCUUUUCAUUUCUUUCUUAUGCAUUACAAGCUUUUUCUUGAAUUUGUUGUUUUGGGAUGCAAAAAACCUUUCUCACAGCAUAAAGUUACGCAAAAAGUGAGGUUUGGUUGCGAUCUUGAUGUUUUGCUCUCAACAAAAAAGUUUGCUUGUUUUCGUUUUCUGGGUAUCUUUGUAUUUGUGUCAUUAUUCUAUUCCUUGACUCUCUCUCUCUUUCAGAGAGAUGGAAUGAUGAGGGGUUGAAUAAUGAGAAGGGAAAGGGAUGGACCAUGAGUUUACUGCAAUCAUUUCUUCAAUCCUUUUUGGAUCUUUUUUUUAUUUGCUAUUCCUUUUGCUUUCGGUUAAAAAGAAUGUAAGAAUCUAUAUCUUUUAUUUUUGGUCCCCUCAUGAGAAUAAGGAAGCGUCGGCAAUGCUUUCCUUCUUGCUCUUCUCUCCACAGACAUGAUGAGGAUGAAGUUUACCGGAGAGAAAAGAAGGGCGGUGAAGGGUUGGAAUGGCCUCGCAGUUCCACUCAUGUAAUAACAAAGUUGGCUCAAUGUUUUACUAAAGCUAUGGUUGGAUCACGAUCAUUGAUAGGAGGGCUCUUCAAUCGCUUAAGUAUUAAGCGUAAUGAGAAGUUUAUUGACUAUCCUUUGACUCCUAUUCAGGAACAAAGACUUAAAAAGCUCCAAGAACGAAUACAUAUACCUUUUGAUGAGACUAGUCCUGACCAUCAGGAAGCUCUCAGAGCAUUGUGGCAUAUUGCUUUUCCUAAUGUUGCUCUGAAAGGCUUGAUCUCUGAACAGUGGAAAGAAAUGGGGUGGCAAGGCCCUAAUCCAUCAACUGACUUUCGGGGUUGUGGUUUUAUCGCUCUGGAAAACUUGCUGUUUUUUGGCCGAACUUACCCGGCAUCUUUCCAUAGGUUAUUGUUUAAACAAGGUGGAACUAGAGCAACUUGGGAAUACCCAUUCGCCGUUGCUGGCAUCAAUGUAUCUUUUAUGUUGAUUCAGAUGUUGGAUUUAUAUUCAGCAAAACCAAAAAAUCUCCCAGGGUUCAAUUUCCUAAAACUAUUAGGAGAAGAUGAAGAAGCCUUCGAUGUACUAUAUUGUAUAGCUUUUGAAAUGAUGGAAGCUCAGUGGCUUGCUAUGCAUGCUUCCUACAUGAAGUUCAAUGAGGUUUUACAAGCAACACGCACACAACUUCAGAGAGAACUUUCUUUGGAUGAUGUUCACAGAAUACAGGAUUUACCAGCCUACAACCUGUUAUACCUAUAGCUCUUCUGUCAACAGUUGUUUGGAGCCACCAAAAAUGCUAAUCCUUCUUGGACAAUUUUGCCAAAUAAUGGGGAUGUUCCAAAUUUGAUGGUUUAUUAACUGAUUUGUUAUAGACUUUAAAAACGUAUUCUAGGACAGGUUUUUUUAGGCUUUACAGCUGAGAUUUGCACACUGAAACGGACACUACAGAAGCUUAAACCGUCAAGGCUAUCAAGGCACCAGAUUGAAACUAGCUAUAUUAUCAGAUUGGGAUAACAUGAAGUGCCAGUACUCAAUGCCGCCAGUGGGCAUGUGGAUGGUAUAGAUCUCAAAUGACGGAAUUAACUUGUCAUAUUGCUGCUGCCUCGCUGUUGGUUCGUUUCAUGAAUAUGCAGAAAGCUUCAAGAAUUUGGGUUCCUGAGUCUCUGGUGCCGUAUUCAAAUAUUUUGAUGCCCUCUAUCUAGUUCCUGCUACAGGUUUGAACUUGGUUUUUCAUGAACAUGCUGUUUUAGGUAUAAAAAUGCGAAAUUCCAACCUUUGACGUGUAAGUAGAAUACAUAAAUGAUAAUUUUGAAACAAGUUUUGCUUGUUUUGUUCUGAAUCUGAAUGAUCUGAUGUGUCCAAAUAUUGAAUGCUAAGAUUUUUUUUUUUUAAGACAUUAUUCAUAAGCUCAAUAGUCAUUGAGGCUGUCAUUCUGGUAACGCAACUCAGUGAGGUCGAUGUGUUGGAAACAUAAUCCUCAACCUUUUUCAAUGCUAAUCUGCAAAAAUACUGAUGUGGAUCUGAUCUGGAUAAUGAAUGUGACAUGAGUUCUAGAAGCGCCUAAACGUUUGUUUAACAUUGAAUUUCUCAGAAACAAAUUGGAGAGACAAUAUAAAUAUUGUUAAUUGGGAGUCAUUAUUGCGUUUGGAUGAUAUACGUUGCCGGAUCUAGAAGAAACGUUUCUCAUGCUGGAGGCUUUAUUAUUAUUUUUUUUCAUGAAACUUAUUUUCCCCUGUACAAG